CGACCCGCUACCGCCUCAUGACGGAGGCGCCCCCGCUGUCCACCCCAGAAGACGGCCACACCUACAAAGUCAUCAGAUGGAUUCCCGCGCAGGUGUACCUGGACCAAGCGCGCGAGCGCUACACGGCGCUGACCACCCGCGACCGCCGCCUCCGCGACACCGAGCUCCCGACGCUGGAGUUACCCCAGGUCGCGACGGCCGAGGACGUCGGCUGGAUGACGGAGGCCAACCUGAUCCCCGGGGUGGAUCGUCUCCUCGUGGGCAGCUGGCCGCUGGGCGGCAAGAUUGUCGGCGGCUUCACGCACGGCCCCUGGGGCGAGAAGCUGUACGUCUGGACCCUCCGACUGGCGUGGGGGCUCAGCGUCGACAUCGCCGUGCUGGUCAUCAAGCCGCCGAACCAGGUGCGCGGGCUGGAUUAUCUUGGCGUCGUGGGCGGGGAGCGUCAGUGGCGAGGGGUCAAGGCGAGGCAGGCUGAGGGGGGCGACGACAAUGGUGACGAUAACACCGUCCUAACCCACGGCCUCCAAGCAAACGCCAUCCCCCACACCCAGCAAGCCAGGAAGUACGGCGCCGUGCAUGGCAUCGGCCACGUCGCGCUCUUCGACUUCCAGCAUCUGGUGCUCCUGGACCUCGAUGGACACACGCGGCAGGAGAAAAAUCCCGACAGCGACAUCCCCGAUCUGCUCACGGUGACGUACUUUGACGAGCAAGACCGCGAUCUGAAGAACGGUGAGUGCUUCCAUAUGCUCCUCCUCGGGUUUGUGCUGAGCGCGAUGGACUGUGUGCCCUUGUUGGUGCGGAAUAGGCUACCUCCAAAGGAUUCUGAGAUGUCGGACCCGCGCCGGGUUCGAGAGGUGUAGACACUUCGUAGUUUGAUCCGGUGGUGGUGUGAGUGAUGCUCCUGCUAUCCACUGGCAUCUUGUAGUUUCUGUUCAGAAGCAAUUCAUCACUUCAAAUGAGUGUGG